AUGUCCUUUGCCAUCCUGAGGAUAAUCAGGCUGGUCAGGGUCUUCCGCAUCUUUAAACUAUCCAGACACUCCAAGGGGCUACAAAUCCUGGGGCACACGCUGAGGGCCAGCAUGAGGGAACUGGGGCUGCUCAUCUUCUUCCUCUUUAUUGGGGUCAUCCUCUUCUCCAGCGCUGUCUACUUUGCGGAGGCUGAUGAGCCCACCACCCACUUCCAUAGCAUCCCCGAUGCCUUCUGGUGGGCUGUGGUGACAAUGACCACGGUGGGUUAUGGGGAUAUGAAGCCCAUCACUGUUGGGGGCAAGAUAGUGGGUUCCCUGUGUGCCAUAGCAGGGGUCUUGACAAUAGCACUGCCCGUGCCAGUCAUAGUCUCCAACUUCAACUACUUCUACCACAGAGAAACAGAGAACGAUGAGCAGACUCAAGUGACAUCCAAUGAUGAAAGUUGCCCUUACUUACCCACCAAUUUGUUGAAGAAGUUAAAGGGCUCCACGUCUUCCUCCUUGCAGGACAAGUCAGACUAUCUAGAGAUGGAGGAAGGCAUCAAAGAAUCUCUCUGUAUAAAAGACAAGGCUAGCCAAGGCACAGGGAAUGGGAAUGAGACCAUUAAGUAUAACUGUGUGAAUUUAAAGACGCUGGAAACGGACGUGUGA